AGUAAAACGAAGGUGUCACUAGGGUUUUGAAAUGAUCGGCAAAAUUUUGGAUUUUUUUUUGUCUCUUGUUGUUUGUUGAUUAAAUUUAGAAAAUCAAUUCAUUUAACUAAAUUGUUCUUUUCUCUUAUAAUUAAAUUUAAUUAGUAAAUACCUGGAAAAACAAGUUAACAUCUUUACAAUGGGUGUCACAGAUUAUUUGAAGUCAAUGGAAUCCCAGUAUCCAGAGUUUACUGAAUAUUGGACUGCAUUUGAAGGAUAUUAUAAUAAAAAGCUUUGGCAUCAGUUGACUAAAAAGAUUGAAGCUUUUGUUACAACACCUGAAGCUAAUCGAGUUGAUUUGGUUUCAUUUUAUACCAAUUUUAUUGCUGAUUUUGAAUCAAAGCUUAAUCCAUUAGCAUUGGUUGAGAUAAUUGCUUAUAUUAUCAAAGAGAUGAAAGAUCACAAGGAAUGUUUACUUUUCUUGGAGAAAAUGAAGGAUAAGGUUAAAGCAAAUCAAACUGCUUCUCUUCUUUGUAGCAUUUUAAUGGCACAAUUGAAAUUGGCUCAUAAAGAGUUAGAUGGUGUUAAACAAAUUAUUGGUGAAAUUGGUCCAAUUAUCGAUGAACAAACUGGUAUUACUCCGAUUCAUGGAAGAUAUUUCCAACUUUCAUCUGAUUAUAAUCAGAUUAUUGGUAAUCAUGUUGAAUAUUAUCGAAAUGCUCUAAGAUUUUUAGGAUGUACCAGUAUUGACAAUGAAUCUGAGGAGACUCUUGAAAAUCGUGCUUUCGCUUUAGCUCUUGCAGCUCUUUUGGGUGAAUCUAUUUUCAAUUUUGGUGAACUUCUUCAACAUCCAAUUGUUAACUAUUUAAAGCAUAAACAUAAUUGGGUUCUUGAUCUAUUAUGUGCUUUUAAUGCUGGUGAUCUUGAAAGAUUUGAAAAACUUAAACCCCAAUGGUUUGGACAAGCUGAUCUUCAAAAACAUGAAUUACAAUUGAGGAAGAAAAUUUCUCUCCUCUGUUUAAUGGAGAUGACAUUUGUUAGCAAUGAUGGAAUACUAACUUUCAAUGAGAUCGCAAAGAAAACUUAUCUACCCGAAAAUGAAGUUGAAUUACUAGUUAUGAAAGCUCUUUCCCUUGGAUUGGUUAAAGGAACCAUCGAUGAGGUUGAGAAAAAGGUUUAUCUCUCCUGGGUACAACCUCGAGUUCUGGAUAAACAGCAAAUUAACUCAUUAAAAAGUAGAUUAGAACAUUGGUCUAAAGAUGUUAGAAAAAUGGAAAUUCUAUUGGAACAGAAAGUGCAAGAGAUUAUUGGAUAAAGAAAAUAACAACAACAUCCCUUACAAGCCAACAUGAGAACAGAUGAAACAAUGGAAAAACAACAAAUCGUGAAAAAGAAAAAAAAAAUUUUUUCUUACCUUUAUUACCUGAGAAUAUAAAAAAAUAUAUUAAACCAAUUUAAAAGGAAACCAAAACAAUUUAUAAAUUGAGAAGAAAAAAAAACCAUUUCCUUCAAAAUAAACUAACAUUUAACUUUGGG